AGAGGUCAGCCGGGGAGACGAGCGGCGGCAGCUGUCGUGGUUUGUGGGUUCGAAGCGAGAUUUUUUGGGGCGAUUUUUGCGGAAAAGGAGCAACUUUCGGACAUUCUGCCGUCAUUUCUAGUUUCAUGGAAUCCUGCAGGGAAUUAGAAACAGAUAAUGUAGACUGGUGACAAGCCAAUCCUUUUUGUCGUUGUGCCAAAAACGUCCAAGAUGCCAAAAGCUACCCAGAAAACCAGGCACGCUGAUCGCUCUCCGACGACCGAGAGCGAAUCGCUCAGCGGCACGAGCAGUUUCAGUGUCAGCCAUCCCAAGAACAAGAGCACGGAAAGCGUCGAAAUGAAGCAGGAAAGACUCCCUCGGCCAACCAACUUCCACAACUGCAGUCUUCACGACGGUCGGGACAUGGAUCCGCAAGCGGGAAGUUCUGGCACGCUACCUACGAUAAGCGGCGUACUUAACCUCAACGAGCAACCAAUCGCACCGGCCAAUCACAGCCAAACGCUGAGGCUCACGAACCAAUCACCUGUCACCGAUUUGAACCAGAUCCAUUCAAACUACCGGACUGUCACACUCACGGGAACGAUCACGCGCGGGAAGAAACGUGGCCAAAUGGUCGACAUCCAGCUCGAUCUGACGGAUAAAGAAAUAGCAGAGCUGAGCACGAUAAGUGAAGAAAAAGAGGAGGAAGAAAACACACCAAAAGACGAUUGCAUCUGGGGGAUCAACAAAGGCAUCCACAUCUUCAUCUGGAGCGUGCUGUGCUUUCCUGUCGUGUUUGUGAUCGCUUUUUUCGUCGCGUUCUACUAUGGGACAAUCACGUGGUACAACAUCUUCCUUCACUACAACGAGGAGAGGACUUUUCUCCACAAGGUCAGCAUUUGUCCGUUACUGAUUCUGUUCUACCCCAUUUUGAUUGUGGUCGUAUCUCUCGGGCUGGGAGGAUACUCUGCGUUUGUGCAGUUGUCCUGGUACUGCGACAGUUGGCGAGAGGAUGUGGGUGACUUUGAGAAAGGCUUCUUCGGCUGGAUGUGUAGCAAGUUGCGACUGGACAGUUGUUCGCCGUACGACGUUGUUGAACUCACGACUCCCGAAGCGGAAACCUUAGCACAACAAGACCCAGCAAGCCCGCCGCCACACUCUGAGUCUACUGUGUAGAUAUCUUCUCCUUAAAUAAUUUCAUCAGGUUGGUAGGACAUAGGAUAUUGGGGUUUUCUUUUACACAUGUACAGUCAGUGCUUCUCUCACCUGCUUAUUACGUUUCAGUGUCUAUCAGACAUCUUCAUCAGUAGUCUUGUACUGACUGGAGUACUCAGCUUCUUGCCACUACAAAUGUAUGUAACCAAUGUAUAGGGAAUACAAACUUUUGGGAUUGUGUUGUCGCCACAAAAGCGACACCUACUUCGGCUACAUAUAGCGGCGAGAAGCAGAACUCCAGUCAGAAGCUCUGAGGAAGGUGUCUGAUAGACACCAAAACAUAAGCAGG